AUGGAUGAACGCCAGACGUCGUUCUUACGACAUGUGCAACUAUAUUUUGAGGAAUCCAUCCUCACAGAUACAACAUUGACAUGCAAAGGCGCGAGGUUCGAGGUCCAUAGGUUUGUUCUCGCGUGUCACUCAGAGUUCUUUCUUAAUGCCUUCCGCAGCGAAUGGAACGAAGCUAAACCUGGCACCAUGGACCUCUCAGAGGACGAACCCGGUAUUAUCCAAGCCCUGGUUGAAUACGUCUACCAUCUCGACUACACAUGCUUCCCCGACACAGGGGACAUCUACACACUUCUGUUCCAUGCCAAGGUGUUCAAACUGGCGGACAAAUACGACAUCUACCAUCUGCGCAAACUGGCGCUGGCAAGGGUGAAAAGCAUCGACUUGAACUAUUUGCUCUUCCCCGUGGUCGCCGACCUGAUCCGGAUGGCCUACGCCCCGGGCACGCAUACCUCUGAACUACGCCAGGAGCUGUUGAAUGCGAUCAUCCCCACCAUUUUGACGUUGCAGGUGGAUCCGGACUUUCAGGAUCUAUACAUGACCAUGCCAGAAUUUGCGAGGGAUAUCGUCAACGAGACCACCCGCUCGAGGAAGACGUUUCUGCCGCUCGAAUAG